AUGGACGAGAUUCUUCGAGAGGGCCAGGAACUGGCUCCCCCCAGCCGGGAGGAAACCAAGUACUUUGCGAGCAUGUUUCCCAAACCUCAUUCUCCCACCCCAUCGCUGGAGCCGACAGCCCCCAUGGAUACCAGGGAACAACCAAAGCGUGGCAUUUUAGAAGAUUCUUCGGUCAAGGAGGAGGGACAGCAGAAAGCUCACAAAGCAGCAGAGAAGGCCACACCGAAGGCAGAGCCAGCUCCAACAAUAUCCACCACAGCCACCCCGACCGGAUCUCAGAGCUCGCAGACUCAACAGUCCCUGCAUGCAGCUCCUUCGACGGCAAUCAACGACUCACAGUCGAAGGGCAAGAACAAAGGCAAGAAGGACAAGAACAAGGGCAAGGGCAAAGGCCAAAAGAAUGGCAGCAACGGAUACAUCUUCUUCCUACGAACAGCCGGGCCAGAAUCAAUCAUUCCGCCACUAGCCCGAGUAUCGCAAGCAUGGAACCUGGCCAAAGAAACCGAGAUCCCCCGCUAUCCUCUUCGUAUCGUUCUUCUGUCAGCCCUCCUGGAAGCCACCAUAGAGCGUGCAGAAGCGGCCGUGACUCCGGAGAAGAAGGGGGGAAACAGUACAGGCGGGACUUGUGAUCGACAAAGGCGAAGAGUUGUAUUGGCCAUACAUCCAGUGGAAUCAAGAACAGCGCACGGAAGAGGUGAUCUCCACGGACCAGGCACGGCCAUUGGAACAUUCGCGACUACUGAGGAAACUGAAUCACCUGCGGGACUCCAUCACGCCGGUCACCACAAGAUUGCGGAACAGCUGGAAACCGAGGUCUAUCGUCUGGUUCUGGAAGUCGAAACGGUUGGGGAGGAAGCCCAGAACAUUCACGAGUGGCUUCGUCUUCUUGCGAACUGCACGGUUUGGAAGCUGAUCGGAGGCCGAUUUCGGAGGGAGCGAUUGGGACGCUACUGGGGCAGUGAGACGAAGUGCUGA